AAGAAAAAAAACUCUCUCAAAUGCAUACUAAGUAUACUAUUACAAUGUGAUUUUUUUUCUUGGAGAAUCAAUACUUAAUUUAUUGAGUAUUUUGGUUUGUUAGUUCCUUUCAUUUCAAAAUUCUUAAAAAAGAAUUCUACAAGAUAGAGCCACCAUGCCAUUUGGUUUCGUCUCGGCUUGGAACAAGCGUCGACGAAGCAAGUCUCAAGAUCAUUCCGACCCUUGGAUUUAUAAGCCUGCAGAGUUUUGGCAACUUGAAGAUCAAACACCACAAACUACUAAAAGGAGGCAUGGAUCAUCUGUUUUCACACUCAAGGAGAUGGAAGAUGCAACAUGUUCAUUCAGUGAUGAUAAUCUUGUUGGAAAAGGAGGAUUUGGUAGGGUCUACAGGGGCAUUUUGAAGUCAGGACAGGUUGUAGCAGUGAAGAAAAUGGAACUACUGGGGAUUAAAGAAGCCGAAGGGGAGCUCGAAUUUCGGGUAGAAGUCGACAUAUUGAGCAGGCUAGACCACCCAAAUCUUGUUUCUUUGAUAGGGUAUUGUGCUGAUGGGAAGCAUAGAUUCUUAGUAUAUGAAUAUAUGCAUAAUGGAAACCUGCAAGAUCAUUUGAAUGGAAUCAAGGUAAGAAGAAUGGAUUGGCCUCAAAGACUAAGAGUGGCAUUAGGUGCUGCAAAAGGGCUUGCUUAUCUCCAUUCAAGUUCUUGUGUUGGAAUCCCUAUUGUUCAUAGAGAUUUCAAGUCCACCAAUAUUCUUUUAGAUGUCAAUUUUGAAGCAAAGAUAUCUGAUUUUGGGCUUGCAAAGCUAAUGCCAGAAGGAGAGGAGACACAUGUAACUGCUAGAGUAUUUGGUACCUUUGGCUAUUUUGACCCUGAGUAUACAUCAACAGGGAAACUCACUCUACAAAGUGAUGUUUAUGCUUUUGGUGUUGUGCUUCUUGAGCUUUUGACAGGACGUAGAGCAGUAGAUCUAAACCAAGGUCCAAAUGAUCAAAACCUUGUACUACAAGUGAGACACUUACUAAACGACUGCAAGAUGCUACGUAAGGUGAUUGAUCCAGAUAUGAUUCGAAAUUCUUACACCAUUGAAUCGAUAUUCAUGUUUGCCAAUCUGGCAUCGCGAUGCGUCCGUCCGGAGAGUAACGAGAGACCUUCAAUGAAAGAUUGUGUCAAAGAAAUUCAAAUUAUUAUUUGUACAAAUACAAAAGGCUUGGGAAUGGUUAUGCAUAGCUUGAGAAUGUUAUAGUAACAAAAAUACUUAACUUCUAGAUUAGUUGUGUGUUCUUUAAUUCGUGUAAUUUUGAUACCAAAUUGAAUGAAUAAUGUGACCAAAAAAUAUUUGGCAUGGUAGUCUGUAAAGCAACGUUAAACAUGUAUUUCCAAUUUUCCAUGGCAAGAAUAGCAAGCCAUUCCAUUUUGAAAAUCA